AUGGGGAAGCCAAACUGCAGCAACAAACGGACUGCUGCUGCUGCUGCUGUUGUUGCUGCUGCUGCUGAGGUUUUGGUGCUUGCUGUGGCAGUGGCCUUCGGCAGCCAAAACGCACUUGCGCCGAAUCUCUCGAGAGUUGCGAAGACUUUUAAUUUCUCCGAAACGGAAAGAGACAUUCGCGUUGGGGGAGAACUUGCGUUUUUGUACUACCUCCCAGGCUGCGUGGGGGCUUUGGCUGUGGGGCUCUUUGGGGGUCUUUUUGAGCCCAACUCUCUCGUGGCUUUUUUGCUGCUGCUCAUUGGCCUUUCUUCCCUCCUCACCUUCUUCGUCACAAGGUACUGGCAGCUGGCGGCGCUGCGGCUGCUGUCGGGGCUGGCGGGGGGCGGCCUGCCGCCGCUGGCCUCCUCCCUAGUGGGCCACUGGUUCGGACCACCGCUGCGGGCGGGGGCCUCGGCGCUGCUGCUGGGAGCUGCGGGUUGUGGGGUCUUCUUUGGCCAGUUUUUGGCAGCACUUUUGGGGGUUUUGGACUGGCGCUGGGCCUUCCUAGUGCUGGCCUUUCCGCUGCUGUUCAUGGCCCGUUUUUACCAGCUCGCGAACGCGCGGCGCGGCGCCCCGGCGCCUGCUGCUGCUGCUGCUGCUGCUGCUGCUGCUGCUGCUGCCACGCCCGCUGCUGCUGCUGCGCGCUCGCACGCCCACAACAAACCCCAACAGGAACUCAGCCUCCAGGCACUCAAAAGAAUGGUCCAGUCCAAAACCAACUUGCUCAUGCUGGUCCAGGCGUUUCCGGGGAACGUGCCGUGGGGGGUGCUGGUGGUUUACUUGCAUGACUUUUUAAGAACUGAUGUCGGACUUUCCGACAGCGUGGCAAUGGCAGCAAUUGUUGCUGUUGCUGCAGCUUCCUUCUGCGGCAUGAUUGUGGGGGGCCUUAUUGGGGGUCACCUCUACGCCCACAGCGGCGGUCGGCUGCUGAGGUUUUGUGCAUUUACUUGUUUACUUCGCUGCCUGCCUUGCGUGCUGAUCUUUGCGUUCCCCGCGGUUGUCGGGAAAGCCCCACAAGGCCCCGCGCUGCUGCUGCUGCUGCUGCUGCUGCUGGUUGCUGCCUUUGGCUCCACUUUGCCCACGGCCAACAUUGGGGCUGUGCUGCUCAACGUCAACACAGCCGAGGUGAGGGGCACCAUCUGCGCAAUUUACUCAGUCUUAGAUGAUGUUUCAAAAGCCCUCGGAACUGUUGUGGCUUCUUUUUUGGGGGCCCUUGUGGGGUCUCGGGCAGUGGCCUUUCAACUCUCCAUGAGCCUGUGGCUGCUGAGUGCUGCUGCGCUGCUGGCAGCAGCAAAGACUUAUGCAGCAGACGAGGCGAGGGCUUUAGCUGCUGAAGCGCAGCAGCAGGGGUCUCAGGGUUUUCGUUUUUUGUCGGACGAGGGGGCCCAAGACCGGACCCCGUUGAUCCUGAAGCAGCAGCAGCAGCAGCGGGACUGCAGCAGCAGCAGCAGCAGCAGCAGCAGCUACCUGGAGCCGGACGGCGUGCGCCUCGUGCGCCACCCAGGCGCCCGCGGGGCCGUUGCCUGGGACCAAAUUGAAGAAGAUGGAGGCUAUUUGAGGCGUUUGUCCCGUCUUUAA